AUGUUGACGCGAAAAGUAUGGGUCAAGAGGCCCAAUGCCUCGCCCACAAUGGUCACUGUACGCGAGGACGACCUUGUCGAUGAUGUGAGAGAUCUCGUCAUGAGGAAGUACGGCAACUCGCUGGGCAGAAGUUACGACUCACCCGACCUUGUUCUGCGUAUUGUCAGCAGGCCUGACGAGAGCGGGAAGCGUGCACCUGAUCGUAUCCUGAGUCCCGACGAGGAUGUCUGCCAAACCUUGGACUCGUAUUAUACUGGCGGUCAAACCGCCGAGGAUGCCCUCCUUAUCGAAACUCCUCCGCGCCGGACUCCUCGUCCAUCUCCACGCAUAUACCACGGUGCCUCGUAUGCUGCUCUGGACGACUACCGACCGACUGAGAACGGUACCGACUACUUCCCUCCAAUGCCCGCAGUCCAACUUCCUCCAAACGUGCCUGGCCAACCGCCUGUACAACAGACACUACACCCCGAGCCUCCUCGCUCAAUAGCCGUGCUAAAUACAGGCCAGAUUCCUGUCUUGCCAUCGCCGGGUAGUGUCCGCCGCCAUCGCGAUCCUCGUGAACUUCGUCCCAAGUUCAACCGUCAGCACACUUCUUCUCCGACUAUCAUGACACAUAACCCGCCAGCUUCAACUAUGCCUCUCAAUGCAUCAAACUUAGCAGUCUCCCAACACAUGCCUACGAUUCGACAAGGCCGCCCAAGGGCUGGCUCUCAAGUCUCGGAUCAACAAGGCCACCCUGUCCCACCUGCGCCAGCUCUCCCAACACCUCCUGUCACAGAGGCUGUACCUCCUGUUCACCCCAGCAGUAGCCCACCGACACCAGCUUCCCAGGGCCAAAGCACGCUGAAGCCUGCCCGUCCACGCCGUCAGAGAAAGCUCACUCCUACAGACGGUACGGCGACUGUCAAGUCUCCCAACGCUGGUUUAAAAUCAACAAUCCCUCCAUCUCUACUCGACGGCGCAGUUCCCCCCAUCAACGUGUUGAUCGUAGAGGACAACAUAAUUAACUUGAGACUGUUGGAGGCCUUUAUGAAGCGCCUGAAAGUAAGAUGGAGCACUGCUCUGAACGGUCAAAUUGCUGUCAACAAGUGGCGAGCUGGCGGCUUCCAUUUGGUCCUCAUGGAUAUUCAGAUGCCCAUCAUGAAUGGCUUGGAAGCAACAAAAGAGAUUCGUCGUCUUGAAAGAGCCAACGGAAUUGGUGUGUUCAGUACCACUGCCACUCCUGCUCCAUACACUGGCAAAGGAGAGAAUGGCGAAGAAGAGGAAACGAAAGAUAAGGAUGAUGAUAAGCUGGUGUCUGAUGGCGGCCUCUUCAAGAGUCCAGUCAUUAUUGUCGCGCUUACUGCAAGUAGUUUGCAGAGCGACAGACACGAAGCCUUGGCCGCUGGUUGUAACGAUUUCUUGACAAAGCCCGUUAACUUCGUAUGGCUUGAACGCAAGGUCAAGGAAUGGGGCUGCAUGCAAGCUCUGAUCGACUUCGAUGGCUGGCGCAAGUGGAAGAACUUUGACGCCGACAAGGCAGUAAAAGAAAAGAAGGCU